CUCACUUGUCUGCAGUUGAAGAUCAACUAGCAUCAAAGAAGGCUCACCCUCUUUCCAUCAUGGCAAGUGCCUCUCAGAUUCCCCCAGCUGCCGUUAGAAGGCUUGAAGGAAAGGUGGCUUUGAUAACUGGUGGGGCAAGAGGACUUGGCGAGUGCACAGCUAGACUCUUUACGGAACAUGGGGCUAAAGUGGUAAUUGCAGACAUUAAUGACGAGUUAGGUCACAAUGUUUCAAAAACCAUACCAGAUUCCACUUAUGUUCAUUGCGAUGUCACAAAUGAGAAGGAUGUAGAAAACGCAGUGGACACAGCAGUUUCAAAGUACGGCAAGCUAGACAUCAUGUUCAACAAUGCUGGACUCGGAGAUUACAACAAAGACAACAUCCUGGAAAAUGAGUUGUCAGAUUUCGAGAAAGUCGUCAGUGUGAAUCUCACCGGCGUGUUUCUGGGGACCAAACACGCCGCCAGGGUGAUGAUUCCGGCACGACGUGGCAACAUCAUCAACACUGCUAGUGUUUGUAGCAUCACAGGUGGGUUGUCAUCACAUGCGUACACGAGCUCCAAGCACGGUGUUUUAGGGCUGACGAAAAGCACGGCGGUGGAGCUUGGCCGGCACGGGAUUCGAGUGAACUGUGUGUCGCCAUAUGUGGUGGCGACUCCGAUGGCAAAGGAAUUCUUCAGGCUUGAUGAUGAGGGGGUUCAUAAUAUUUAUUCUCCUCUCAAAGGUGCUAAGAUUGAACCUCAAGAUUUCGCUGAGGCUGCACUGUUCUUGGCGAGCGAAGAGUCCAAGUUUGUGAAUGGCCACAACCUGGUAGCAGAUGGUGGGUAUACGAUCACAAACUAUGGUUUCACUAUUUUCAAGUAAGUCUCUUAGUGUGAAACGAAGACUUGGAUAAGUACUGUUGGGAAAUCUGUCCUCGGAUGUCUGUGAUGGAGUGGUCUUUGUGCUUGUUUAUAUCCAUUUCCAAUAAUCACGCUAGCUGAUGCAUGACGUGUACUUAAUUCUGGUUUACAUACAUGUUCCAAUAAUCUCAUGCCGUGUGUUCUGGACAUUGACUUUGUUUAAUGAUGUUAUAAUUUGGAGUCGUCUUAUUUGAGUUGA